UCAGUCAAAAUAUAGGUAGGUAUAGGUAGAAUAUUAUUGAAAUAUUAAUUUUUAAUUUAUUUAAUGUUUUACACAUUGUCUCAUGUUCGUGUUGAUAUUCUUACCUAUAUUCUGCUCGAUGUUUAUUUCAUCUGAAAAAUUGAUAUCUAUAUAAUAAUAAUACCUGUCUCUAGACUAAUUUUAUUUUAAUUUAUUUUUAAUCUCGUUGCGAGUGACACCAUUUGAAUUUGUUCUUGUAUACAUCCUAUAUCGAAUGUUUCGUAAAUCUCAUCAUCAAAUGAGAUACAUUUAAUGAAACUGUUUCCUCAUUAUUGGAGAGAAAAGUUAGGGGGUGGCUUAGUGGAGUCAUAGACGACAUGAGACGCAGUAGUCCAGUGCAGCAGUGGCUAGACUCACUCCCGCCUGAUACUGACACUGAUUCUGAGAAAGCUAAAGAAGCUGAUAGUAAAGAGAUAAAGUCAGAUGAAAGCAAGGUUGAGGAAUCAGCUAAUGAUGAUACAGUUAUAGAAGUAAUCCCUAAGUUACAUGAAGAUCAGAAUUUAGAUGUACCUAGUCCUAAAGAUGUAUGGAAAAGAAAGUCAUUAGAGAGUGGAGUUCUAAUGAGACAAACUGGAAGUAUUAAAAGACUGCAAAGAGAUCAUUCUGUCCAAUCUGAAGGUUGCUCACCAAGAUUAAAAAAUCCAUUAUUUAGGGAUCAUUCCCUUCAGUCUGAUGCAAGUGGCUCAAGUGGUAGUUCGGUUUUGAAUGUACUUGGUGCAAGGAAAGUGGAUGCUGAGUCUGUCUUACUGGCUUUAGGUUUUGGACCUAGUGAGAAACAGCAAAAACUACAGAGAAUACCUGACCGAUUUUUGGCACCAUCUAAGCUCAAAGGAAUUAGUACAGAACAAUUUAUAAAAAAUGAACAACACUCAAUGAGAAUGCAUGACUGUGGAAUUUUUGGGUACAGAGGUUUAACAGGGAAUCCGCAUGUACCGCCGUCAACAAUUGUAGCUAAAAUAAUGGAAUGUAUAUUACACGAUGACGUAGUACGUGAGGAGGCUAUGAUGAAAGCACGACACUCCAUAGCAGACAUGCGUAGUCCGCCUGACGUGUAUGCACUUCAAGCGUCUCGCCUGCGACAUAACUAAAUCGCACUCUAUGUGGAAAUAUGUUAUCGUGUGUGGCCAAAGAAAAAAUUUUGCUACUGUUUAUUUUAAGAUGUUUUUUAGCCAUAAUAUGUUUGUUAUUUAUGUAUCAAGAUGUUCAGAGUAGAGAUGUUAUUAUAACAGAAUGGAUCUGAUAAUGUGUGACGUAUGUAAUCUUAUAUUUCGUAGGACAUUUCUAUUAUAUCUUCUUUCUUGAGCGUCUUUCAUCUUCAAUUUUUUUGUAUAAAUUUUAUUAUGUACAAUACGAUUGAGUGAUUAUAAGAAUGGAUGAGUGAUAAUUGCCUCUGUUAGUCGUCUGUGUAGGUAACUUAAAAAGGUGUUUUAUGCAAUACAGUAGUUGUUUUGUAUAAUAGUAUAACCGGGAUAAAUAGGCACUGGUAGCAAAUAUGUGCUGUAAGCGUGUAACCUUCCUAAUAAUUACUACGUAUAUCCUAACUUUCAUGAUCGGUUUAACCGUUAACGAGAAUAUAUGAAAAUUAAUAACAUUCCCCAAGUAACAUCGUAUAAAAUAUCGAAUAGAACGCUCGUAAUUAAUUUCAUGUUGUUAAUACAUAUAUAUUAAGAUUUCUUAUGGUUGAGCGUGGUUUUUUUUAUGUAGUGUUUAUCUUUUUCAUACUUUACAGGGUAUAACAACAGAGCACAACGUACGAUUCAUGAAUCAAAACUAAACUCUUAACAUAUAUAAUACUUUAUUUACUUACUUUUAUUUAACCGCUCCGCAAGUUUUAUACAAAGACAAUUUUAAUAUUUUAAAUUCUUCCCAAAAUUCCACUGAACACUGAACACUGUUACUAUAUUCAAUUUGUGAAUUUUUUUGAACCUAUGAAAUAAAAAAAUAAAGAGAUAGACCAUAAUGAUAACAUCUACCUGUUACUGCGAUAUUCGUAAUUUGAAAAUGGAAUACUUAGUAAAUUUUAUAAAUCGAUCAUGUUACUCGAGAGACAUCUAAACUUUUACUUACAAUUAGUAUAUUAGUGUUUAUGUAUUUUUAGAGAUACUUUCUAGAGCUUAUAGCAAAGAUUUUACAAGAGAAAGAUAUAUAUACAUAUUUUAAUAGAACCUACAUUGACUGAAUCCAAUUUGCCUUGUACUUACAAAUCAUUGUAAUUAUUUAAAGUGUAAAUAAAUCAAAGACACAUAUUAUUAGGUCUUUUAAAUUAUUAUUAAAUUAUUGGGUAUUAUAAUACUUGCCUCGAGUCUAAAAGUAGAAAUGAUUUAUCUAUAUUAAAAAAAUGUACAAAUGAGUUCUUACUGUGUUAGAGCAUUGUUUUAUUUAGUUGCAAUGAAUUUUUUAAAUAUAUGUAUUUAUUGGUGGUUAGAAUGUAAAUGAUAAGUAGUUAAAAUAAAAAAAAAGAUAUUUUCUUAAUUGUCAUAUAAAUAAUGUAUUUUUAUUAGUUUUAGGUGAGGAAAUUUAGAAAUAAUACCUAUAUUUUAUUUCUAUUUUGUUGGCUGUGUGUUGUUCUAAAGAAUUGUCACUUUGUGUGGUCUCAUAUGUAUGUUAUUAGUAUGUAAGAUAGAAUGACAGGAGUUUGGCUGAGAUUAUUACUAUCUUUUUAUUUUACUCUGAAAUCUAAUGUAAAAGAAUCUAUUCUAUUAUGGUAAUUGUUACGUGAUACCUUUAGCCAGUAUUUAAAAUAUAUGUACUAUGACUUAUUCCAAUUGUUUCUAAUAUUUGGUAUUAUUAGCAUUUUUGACAUUACUUUUUAAUUAGUAAAUUAGAUAUACAGGAAAUGCAGGGCAGAAAAUUGAAUAUGUUUUGACUUGUGCCUUAUUGAAAUAGGUACAGAAAUUUAAUUAUGAUUUAUCAAAAUGUUAUAUCGGCCAAUAGCGUGCAAAUUAACGUAGAAAAUUAGAAAAAAUAUAUACUUAACAAUCAAAUAUAAUU